AUGGGAACACCAGCCGACAAGAACUCGUCUCAAGUCAGGAAGCGAAUCGAGGACCACAGCUUUGACGAUGAGGAAGGCGAAGAGUAUGGCGCAAGCGACUUUGGAGGAUUCGGAGAUUACUUCCGGCGCAAGAAGAUCAAACUCCAGAACCUGGAUGCGGAGCUCCGUACUGCGUCUUCUGAUUUCCCCCAAAUCUUCAAGGGAGUCGUCGCGCAUGUCUCAGGAUACACGCAGCCUCCUCUCCAUGUCUUGCAUAAAGAGCUCGUCAAGCAUGGCGCCGGCUUCCUCCAAUAUCUCGAUUCCAAAACCAUGGCCACCCAUAUUAUAGCCUCCUCUGUCACCCCAAAGAAAGCCGUUGAAUUCGCUCGAUACCGAAUUGUUAAGCCAGCAUGGGUUACCGACUCUAUAAAUGCCGGAAGGCUGCUCUCGUGGACCGAAUAUCGUGUGAUCGAUGAGGGUCCGAGACAAAAGGUGCUGAAGUUUGAGAGUGGCAAGGUUCUGUCGCAAUCGAUUUCUCCCUCCAAAAUCGGCUAUAGGGAGCAGACCCAGAACAGCUUUUAUAAUAGCCAGUUUGCAAGGACUCCUCAGAGCAGCCGCCUGGAAUCACCAUCAACCCGGACUCCCGGUUCUUCAAACUCUCCCCAGCAGCCCGCGGAGCCACAGCCGCUAAAUAGUCCCGCCGCCGAGAGACGGACGGACGAAACGAUAGGCCUACCUCUACAUUCGGAUUUACAGGCUCUAGAGUAUUCCCCAUCCUAUAUCGCCGGGAAGGGAGCAGACUCCGGUCAGAAGGCUCCUUCGGGUCCAGGAAAUGCGGAUGCAAAUGGGCUAAAAAAUAUGACCUCGGAAGAGUACAAUGCGUGGCUCCUAGCUGAUCCCAAUAUACGAAAGGCGUCGUCUGCCAACCCCGAAUUUUUAAAGCAAUUCUACUCCGAGAGCCGGCUGCAUCACCUUUCUACCUGGAAAGCCGAGCUGAAAUCAAAGAUGCAGAAAAUGGCAAGUGAGAGGGGCCCAGCCGCGAAACCGGUAAGGAGGGCACCCGGUUCAAGGAGGUAUAUCAUGCACGUCGAUUUCGACAGCUUUUUCUGUGCCGUGUCGCUCAAGAAACAUCCCGACUGUAUCGACAAGCCCGCUGUUGUCGCUCAUGGCACUGGGACAGGCUCCGAGAUAGCAAGCUGCAACUACCCGGCCAGGAAAUUCGGUGUCAAAAACGGCAUGUGGAUGAAAAGGGCCUUGGAAUUGUGUCCGAAUCUCAAGGUACUUCCUUACGACUUUCCAGCCUACGAAGAAGCGAGCCGGCAGUUUUACGAAGCUAUUCUGGAUGGGGGCGGUGUUGUCCAGAGUGUCAGCAUCGACGAAGCGUUAGUUGAUAUAACUGCCGUCGUUAUGCGUGAUACUAUGUCCACGGGUAUCGGCGUUGAUGAGGGCAGUUUGUGGCGCGAACAGGAAGACGCAGACAAAAUUGCCUCCGACCUUCGUGCUAAGACUGCGGAGAAGACUGGUUGCGCCGUUUCCGUCGGCAUCGGGCCCAACGUUCUCCUUGCCAAGGUGGCCUUGCGAAAGGCAAAGCCCAACGGACAGUACCAGAUUCGACCAGAAGAAAUACUUGAUCUCCUCGGUGAAUUGGAAGUAACCAGUCUUCCAGGUGUUGCCUACAGCAUCGGUGGCAAGCUCGAGGAACUGGGUGUCAAGUUCGUGAAGGACUUGCGCGCUCAAUCUAAAGAACGACUCACCACUGUGUUAGGCCCCAAGACUGGCGAAAAGCUCUGGGAAUACGCGAGAGGUAUAGACAAGUCCGAAGUGGGUGAUCAGCCUCCUCGAAAGUCUGUCUCCGCCGAGGUUAGCUGGGGCAUUCGGUUUAUCAACCAAGCGGAAGCCGAUGAAUUCAUGAUGAACCUAUGCAAGGAACUGGAGCGCCGGCUUCUAAACGAGCAAGUCAAGGGUAAAAACCUGACUGUCAAGGUGAUGCGACGAUCAUUAGAUGCCCCAUUUGACACUGUGAAGCAUCUUGGCCACGGGAAAUGCGACGUCUUCAACAAGAGUGCAGUGUUUGGUGUGGCGACUAACAGUGCGGAAAUUAUUGGACGAGAAGCAAUCUCAAUACUGCGAUCGUUCAAGUUUAGUCCCGGAGAUUUGCGCGGGUUGGGUGUGCAGAUGACGAAGUUGGAUGCUGUCAAACCCAACUUGGGACUCGAUGGCAGCCAGAAACGCUUGCAGUUCCCCACCUUUGCUGGACCAUCGCCAUCGAAAAGAGCAAAGCUGGAUCCAAUCGAAGAUGUAACAAGUCCGCCAAGAUCGGGGAAUAAUACACCAGGUUCGGUCGCAAAGGAAAGGGAUCCCAUUGAUGAUGACCCCACGACCCCUAAAAAGCCCCGGGGUUCAAUGCAUCCGGCCCUUGUCCGCGCAAGAUACUAUGAAUCGGAUCCCAAGGCCAAGACACCUCUUAAUGUUUCGGGAACUCAGUUCAUUCUACCAAGUAACCCCGAUCCUGCUGUCAUUGCAGAGCUUCCCUCGGAUAUUCGAAGCCGACUUAUGGGACAAGGCACGAGAAAUCCAAUAUCAUCACCUCAACAGAGUUCGCCAAGCAUUCGGGCAAAGUCGCUGGCUACCAAUACCGCGCCCAUGAAUGAACCGCUCCCCUCCCAAAUCGACCCAGAGGUUUUCAAUGCUCUACCAGAGGAUAUGAAAGCCGAGGUGCUCCUUUCUUACCGGAGGCAAGAACCUGUUGCGGGGCCGUCUCGGUCACCGCAGGCAGGUAGGGUGGCAUCACCUGUAAAGAAUGCAACAACGCCAACGAAGAAGGGCGUCCGGGGUAUGUGGGGAAAGGCCAAGGAGCGUCAACGCGACGCUCGGGCAGGCCUUAUGCAGACCAACUUCCUGGACCGAAACGCCAACCCCGAGGCAAACACUACGGAGAGUGAGCCCGAGGAGCUGGAUCCGACAAUCCUCGCCGAGCUUCCCGAGGACGUUCGGCGAGAGGUUCUCGAGGAUCAUCGCCGGCAACGGCUCGCUCGCAAAUCCGGGUUGAAUAUCAACCGGCCCAACCGACGAGCAAAUGGAGAAACAGAAAAUCCGGCCCGCAACGGACAGACGAAGCUCACGUUCCCUCCGCCUCCUCCCAAGGUGUCGUUUGGGAACUCUGGAAUCACAUCAGCGCAAGGGGUCAAGGACAUGCUUGAUGCGUGGCACUCCAAGACGUCAACUUCAGGGCCGCAUAGUGAUGAUUUGCACAUGUUUGAAGAGUAUCUUUCCAAGGUCGUUGUGGAAGAAAGAAAUAUGGAGAAGGCGACGUCGUUAAUCAAGUAUCUCGAUUGGAUAAUCCAUGAGGAUGACUCGAGUGCGAAGGGAAAACAGGCCUGGGUGAAGGCUUCGGAGAGCAUAAAGCGAGCUGUUAAAACGGCGGCCCAGAAACGAGGUUUACGAACUUUGAAUAUAUAG